CCCGCCCCUCCCCCGCUUGGGAAUAACCCGCGCGCUCGGGGGCCAGCUGCACUUGACGUCAGGCCGGCUUUCGUAGUUUUGACGUGUAAACACUCGGUGCCAGCCCGGCGCGGGAGGCUUUGGGCUCCGUUCAGCCCUGAGCCAGAGCCGCGGCGCGCUGGCUGGGAGACGCUGCGCCCUGCCCGCCUAGCAACCAAAGGGCUCCGCCGCUGCCUUGCCCCUGCCCGCCGCUUGUUUGCCUGCUCCCGCCUCCCUCGCCGGGCCAUGGCCGGGACCCGCCGGGCUGGGCGCCCUGUAGCCCUGGCGCUGCUCUGCGCCUGCUGCGCCGCCAGCCUGGCCGGCGCGGAGAAGCAGUUCGUCAAUGAAUGGGCGGCGGAGAUCCCGGGCGGGCCGGCCGCGGCCAAGGCCAUCGCGGAGGAGCUGGAGUACGAGCUGCUGGGGCAGAUUGGAUCACUUGAAAAUCACUAUCUAUUCAGACACAGAAGCCAUCCAAGAAGGUCUCGAAGAAGUGCCAUUCAUAUCACUAAGCGACUUUCUGAUGAUCAUCGAGUGUCAUGGGCAGAGCAACAGUAUGAGAAAAAACGAACUAAGCGUUUAGCCUUCAGAGACUCAGCAGAAAACUUUUUCAACGAUCCUAUGUGGAAUCAGCAGUGGUACCUGCAAGAUACAAGGGUGACUCCAUCUCUACCAAAACUGGAUCUCCAUGUUAUUCCUGUUUGGCAAAAAGGGAUUACAGGCAAAGGUGUGGUUAUAACAGUGCUUGAUGAUGGCUUGGAGUGGAAUCACACUGACAUAUAUACUAACUAUGAUCCAGAGGCAAGUUAUGAUUUCAAUGACAAUGAUCACGAUCCCUUUCCCAGAUAUGAUCCAACAAAUGAAAACAAACACGGAACACGAUGUGCAGGAGAAAUUGCCAUGCAGGCUAACAACAAGAAAUGUGGUGUUGGUGUGGCAUACAACUCCAGAGUUGGAGGUAUAAGAAUGCUGGAUGGAAUAGUCACUGAUGCCAUUGAAGCCAGUUCAAUUGGUUUCAAUCCAGACCAUGUGGAUAUUUACAGUGCAAGCUGGGGCCCUAAUGAUGAUGGUAAAACUGUAGAGGGACCUGGCAGGCUAGCACAGAAGGCUUUUGAAUAUGGGAUCAAACAGGGCCGAAAUGGAAAGGGUUCCAUUUUUGUAUGGGCUUCUGGGAAUGGUGGUCGUCAGGGUGAUAAUUGUGAUUGCGAUGGUUACACGGAUAGUAUCUACACUAUCUCCAUCAGCAGUGCCUCUCAACAAGGUCUUUCUCCCUGGUAUGCAGAGAAGUGCUCCUCAACACUGGCCACAGCAUACAGCAGUGGAGACUAUACUGACCAGAGAAUUACAAGUGCUGACCUUCAUAAUGAAUGUACUGAGACUCACACUGGGACCUCUGCAUCUGCUCCAUUGGCAGCAGGGAUUUUUGCUCUAGCUCUUGAAGCAAACCCUAAUCUAACAUGGAGAGAUAUGCAGCAUUUGGUAGUUUGGACUUCAGAAUAUGAUCCACUGGCCAAUAAUCCUGGAUGGAAGAAGAAUGGAGCAGGGUUAAUGGUGAAUAGCAGAUUUGGAUUUGGAUUACUUAAUGCCAAGGCACUGGUGGAUUUAGCUGAUCCUAAAACUUGGAAAGGAGCACCUGAAAANAAAGAGUGUAUAGUGAAAGACAAUAGCUUUGAACCUAGAUUAUUAAGAGCAAAUGGAGAAGUAACCAUUGAAAUUCCAACAAAAGCGUGUGAAGGUCAAGAGAAUUCUGUUACAUCUCUGGAGCAUGUGCAGUUUGAAGCAACAAUUGAAUAUUCCCGCAGAGGUGAUCUUCAUGUCACUCUCACUUCCCCAUCAGGUACCAACACUGUCUUACUGGCUGAAAGAGAGAGAGAUAAGUCUCCCAAUGGCUUUAAAAACUGGGACUUCAUGUCUGUCCACACAUGGGGAGAAAAUCCAAAAGGCACUUGGACUUUGAGAAUUACUGAUGUGUCUAGGAGAAUGCAGAAUGAAGGGAGAAUUGUGAACUGGAAAUUGAUUUUGCAUGGCACAUCUACCCAACCUGAACACAUGAAGCAGCCACGUGUAUACACAUCCUACAAUGCUGUGCAAAACGACAGAAGAGGAGUAGAGAAGAUGGCAGACUUUGUAGAGGAUCAUACCACACAAGAGAACCUGAGUGAAAAAGCCAAAGUCCCAGAAGAUAGCAGCAGCAGCAGCACUGAUAAAAUGGGAAACAAAAUCCCAUCAGAGGCAAUGCUUCGUCUGUUGCAAAGUGCUUUUAGAGGACACAUGACCCAGGAUCGAGUACCAAAGAAGACUCCCAAUGAAAAGAUAAAUAUUCCAUACGAACAUUUCUAUCAAGCCCUUGAAAAAUUAAACAAACCCUCCCAGUUAAAAGACUCUGAGGACAAUCUGUAUAGUGACUACGUUGACCUUUUUUACAAUGCCAAACCAUACAAACAUAGAGAUGAUAGACUGCUGCAAGCCUUGGUUGAUAUUCUGAAUGAAGACAACUAAAUGUAGAGUAUGGCACUGAGUUGGAAAUAUUCAUGCUCCCCAUCCCCACUUGCCCUUUUCUAAAGUAUAUUCUACACUUUACUCAUGUGAUUACUACUUUGAUUGCUUCGUACUUAAUCAGGAUGUCCAAGUAGGGUGAGAAAAAGAUAGGAAGUGUAAUUUGUUAGUGGUGAGGCACUAAGCUGAAGGGUAUCAGUGAUUGCUCUAUUCAAAGCAUGUCUUCAUUAUCACCAAAAGAGGCAAUUUCUGACAUGAAAUUCAACUAUGUUCCUCUGAAAACACUAAAACUCCACUUCAAACGCUUUUUCCUUUCCCUGUUGUUUCCCACUUAUCAGGCAGCUCCUGUAGCACUGGCAGUUCUGUUCAAAUCCACUGCCUGCUAAAGGAGUAAAAGAGGAAGGAAUAGGUAAGGGCGGGGGAGGAUGAAAAUAAAAUGUGAGUAAGAGGAGGCAGCAGUCAAAUACAAGGAAGAGGAAAGUGAAAGGUCAGAAGUCAGAAAAGAGAGAAGGGAGAGAAGUAUGGAGAGAACUCCCUCAGAAUGGUAGCAGCAACUCUUGUCAAGUAAAGUGCUGAUUCAUUUGUGGAGAGUGGCUAAGUGGAAGGACGCAGAUCACCUUAUCCUAUGGUAGGAAGACAAUAUCUGGAACAAAAUGGCUGAGUGAUAGUGGAUGUCAGAGUAGGAAUAUUACCUUUAUUUUAAUUGAAAUCAAGACUGGAUACGGGGUGCUGGAACAAGGAGUGGUGGGGCUGUGGCAGCACCCCUUGGCUUGAAGUGGUUUCCAUAAUAUACAGGAUUUAAAAUUCUGUUCAAUGAUUUUCAGCACUCCCUGUAUAAAAAUUGUUCCAGCACCACUGGAUGGGUGUACUUCUUGUUGCUCUCAGAGUCCAAAAAAUAGCACACAGCCAAAUAUCCAGUUACAAAUUUGAUGGAACCCUGGACAGGGGAAUACAAAGACUCUAAGUGAAAUGGAAAAUGCAAUGUUUCUCUACCAUGCCAAAGAUAUUUGGAUAUUAACUAGAUGUUACAUCUCUCUAUCUUUCUAUUUAUGUUUUCCAAAUAGAUUUGAGAAAUACUUGUCACUCUUCAGUAUCCCCAUUUCUUAAGUGAUGCUGGUACCUCUCAAACUAAGAGCUUAAUGUUUUGUUAAUAUUUCAUCAGAUUGAACACAGGCUUUCAAAGCUGUUGUGAAAUACUAUUGUUUAAAACAAAACCUGGUUACUUUCAGAAUAGCUACUGUUAAAUUAAUCAGUAAAAAGUAGCAUGACUUCUUUUAUAGCAACUUUGAAAUUCUCUGAUUUCUCAUUCAUUGCCAUAGUAGCAUACACUUUUAGAGCCUAAUUCUGCAUGAAGCCAGCUUUACACUGAUGUAAUUCAAUUGAUGUAAGGAAUUUCUCCUGAUUUACACCAGCAUGAGUGAGAGGAGAAUCAUAUUAUACCUACUUCUCCAGGUGGUGACUUCCUGUUUGAUCUGUUCUUUGUUUCUGAGCCUCCUCUUAUCUCUGUGCUAAUUUGCAACAUUUUCUUUAGCAUGGGAAGUGGUAAAAAUGUUGAAAUGGUCCAAACCAAAAAGCAUUCUCAUGAUGAUCCUUCAUUGUACUAGCAUUUAGAGAGACAGGCUGUCACAGAUGAGAUGACUGAUCUUGAUUAAUUUGAGAAGCAGGCCUAGGUGGGGGAAAUGCAGGGUAAUUUCCAGUCAUAUUUUAAUUUUUGGAACUGGAAGCUACCUUGUAAAGAAUACAACAUUGCUAGGAUGUGUAUCAAACUGCAUGAAUAAUUGAUUGUCUGGUUCACUGGCAAUUCCAAAUUUUUUUUCUCCUAUUUGGCCCCAAAAAUAAUUUCUCAUUUAAUCAAAAACAGAAAAAACUGUUUGGGUCAAACAUUUUGUUUGACUCCACAGGAAAUGCUUGAAAUUGAAACAAAUAUAUAUUUUAAAAAACAACAAAAGCAAAUGAACUUUCAAGUAAAAAGGCACAUGAAAUCGAAAAUCAAAACGUUUCACUUUCAAUGUUUUCUUUGGACUUUUUUUAUUUAGAGUUUUUUUUUAUAUGAACUAUUAAGAUAAAAUCAAAUCUGCUAAAUAUUUUUGGUGUCACCAAAUCAGCAUUUUUUGCCAGACACAAUUUCAAGGCAAAAUUUCACCUAGCUCUUGUGUCAGUCAAGUACUAUUAGUGUGUCAAGAUUCUUAGAGGCUGCUUUCUGCAAUGAACAGCAGUAACAGCUAGUCCUUGUUACAGGUGAAAAUGAUUACUGCACACCUUUGAUUGCAGCAACCACAACAAUGGCAAGUCCAUUAAUGCAGUGCUCAUGUUAACUAUGUGAAAUAUAUAUGACCCUUCAUUUGCUUUAAGAUCAGUCAUCAUGCUUUAGCCAAAGUUUAAUCAGAGAGCAGCUUUAAAAUUAACCUGCUGAAAAUCUCUCUAGAAUCUUUCCAACCCAGAGUAUAUUGCACAGACGUAAAUUAUUUUUAUUGUUAUUCUUGGUGCCUGUGUGGGUUUUGUGAAAAUGUAAAAGGGAAAAAAGAGAAAUGUUUUCUCUCAGAAUUUUAAAUUAUAUUUUCUUUACAGCUAUUUAUAAUAUAUCAAAGGUUUUAUCAGACAGAAUUUUAAAAGGCAUAAUAAAAUAUAUUAAAGCACCAGAUUUUUCUUGAAACUGAGACAAUUUCAUCCAAUAAAGUAUUUUUAAAAGGCAUAUUCCAACUACAGCUGCAACAUGUAUGUGAUGUAAUGUUAAAAUUACAUUUGUCUAAUAAUAGCAUAAUACAGUAUGUUAGCAGAGCCCA